GAAUAUUUACCUACAAUACAAAAUUAUGCGUAUAAAAAUAGCGUGAGUUUUGCUGAAAUUAUUAAUAAAUCGCCGCUAAAUCAGCCGUUUCUCUCACUGUAGAGCAUAUCAGCCAUUUAUUCAGAUUUCUUUUUUUUUACUUAUGGUUUGUAAAACUUCUUGGUUCGUACCUACUCAUCACAAAAACUUGUUUGACGUUGGUCGAAACACUUCUAACGCUCACAUUAUGACGGUCGCUCUACUUUUUAUCUUAAAUUAAAAGUUCUGCAAAUAUUAGUUGAAAAAUUGAUAAACAUGUGUUUUAUGAUAAUGUUUUUAUAUCAAAAAUGCAAAAGAAGGGUUCACAUUUUAAUUUGUAGUCGCCAUACAAAGGAAGCAGCAACGAUCUGAGCUCUUAUAUCGAAUGAAUUCAAUAACUACAUUAGUCAUAUUUAAAACUCAUUUCACAGUAGUUUCUGUAACUUCAUGAAAUCAGCUGUUAUUAUUAAACGGAUCGCAAACUGUUUACCGGUGUUGUUUUUUAGUUUUGAACUCAAAUCGGCAAUGUGAAACUAAGCCUAAACAAUAUCAAUGUCAAACAAAAAGUUAAGAAAUAUAAAUGUAAACAAACAACAAAUUUUUCCAAUCAAAUAUUUCAAUUAUGACACACAUACGCUGGUGCGCUCGCCAAUUUUUGAAUAUUCAAUGCACUCGCGUCGCAUGGCCAACGCUCGCACACACGCUCGUGAGCGCUAUCGCCACCACUAUCAGCACCCUCGACCGGAUUAGCAUAACAGCUGGUGGUGGGAGCUACGACAAUGACAAAGCGACGGUGCCACAAGUUAGUUGCUCAGCGAACGCCGAUAUAAUAAGACGUGUAUGUGACAAUACGCUCGCUCAACGCACAACUAACCGAAAUAGAGCGUGCAAAGAGAUAGUUUCAUACGAUUUAAGUGAGAUAAUACGAAACAAAAAGAAAGCGCACAGCGACAUUGCCAUAAACAAGAGCAUUUGCCAGCGGCCAGAAGGUAUGUCAACGGCAACAACAAACGGACAAAAGACAACAAAGGUGAAAUCAAUGAAAUCAGCGCGUAUUGUAAUUAUUGGCGCCGGCUCUGCAGGUAUAGCUGCAGCCGCAAGGCUCCUACAGUCGGGAUUCGAAAAUGUUCUGCUGCUCGAGGCUGAAAAUCGUUAUGGCGGACGCGUACACACAAUACCCUUUGCGGAUAACGUAGUCGACUUGGGGGCACAAUGGUGUCACGGUGAAAAAGGUAAUGUUAUUUAUGAGACGGUGUGCAAUUUGGAUAUGCUGCAGCCAACAGGUGACAUAUACGAUGACUACAAAUGCGUGCGCUCCAACAAGGAGGUGCUUUCCGAAACAGUGGCAAAUACGCUCAAGUCAAUCGCCUUUAAUUUGAUACCCGAACGUCAGGAGGGCUUGAAGGGUUACGAAGGCUCUUUAGGCACAUAUCUCACAGAGGCCUUUUGGCGCGAUUUGCAACAGUCGCCGGAAAUUGAUAAGACUGUGGCGCGUGAGUUCUUCGAAAACUACAAGAAAUUCGAAAGUUCAAUUGAAGCAUCAGAUCACCUUUUCGAAGUUUCCGGCCAAGGUCAUCUCGAAUAUUGGGUAUGUGAAGGCGAUCUACUGCUAAACUGGAAAGAUAAAGGCUUUCGCAGUUUUCUGCGUCUAUUAAUGCAAGCGAAGAAGGAUGAAACAGCAAAAGACGAUAUGGGUUUGCUAAACAAGCGCAUACAAUUUAAUGCGCGCGUGCAAAAUAUUGAAUGGCGAACAAAAAGCGGUGACGUGCUCAUACGUCUUUGGAACGGUGAAUUAAUCGAGACGGAUCAUGUCAUCUGCACCGUAUCUUUGGGCGUGCUCAAAGAAAACCACAAAGAAAUGUUUUCACCUGCACUACCGCUUGCCAAAUGCCGCGCCAUUGACGGUCUCAAAUUGGGUACAGUCGACAAGUUUUUCCUGGAAUUCACUGAACCUUUCGCACCAGUUGAUUGGUCGGGCUUUUGUUUUCUUUGGCGCGACGAUGACUUGGCGGAAUUGCGUAACUCUGAGUACUUUUGGUUGGAGAGCGUGUUCGGCUUUUAUCGUGUCUCCUGCCAACCACGCAUACUACAAGGUUGGAUUAUUGGACCACAUGCGCGUCACAUGGAAACUCUCCCCGAAGCUGAGGUCCUUAAAGCAUUGCUUUGGCUCUUCAAGAAAUUCUUCACAUUUGAGGUACCAUCGCCAUUGAGAUUUCUACGCACACGCUGGUACACGAAUCCCAAUUUCCGCGGUAGUUAUACAUUCCGUUCUGUGUAUGCCGACGAGUUGCGCGCAGGUGGUUGGGAUUUAGCCGCACCGCUUACCGCUGACAGCGACGGUAAACCGUUGUUACAAUUCGCUGGCGAAGCGACGCAUACACAUUUCUAUUCGACGGUGCAUGGCGCAGUGGAGAGUGGUUGGCGGGAAGCGCAGCGCUUGAUUACCUACUACCUGGAACGCACUUCACAACUGUGAGCGGCGUUGCGAAGGCGGAUGUCAUGGCAAUAUUGCGAAAAUCUACGGCGAUAGCUUAAUGAGUAGAAAAGAUUAUGUGCAUAAUUUGUUCACUAUCUUGUUUUGUUUGAUUUUAUUGCGUAUGUAUGCCAGAGAAGCUGAUAAAAUACUACAAUUGUGUAGCUAUUUGAUAUUGUAAAUAAAAUAAACACUAAGUUGAUAAGUAACUAUUGUAUUACUGCUGAACUUAGUUUCAAAUAAUAAUUUGUUAGUGAGCGUUUAGUGUGAUAAAUCAA